CGGACAGACGAACUCCUCUUAGUAGCUGAAACAUCAGCUUCCACAGUUAACAACUCUUGUGUCGUCUCUCUGCCGGCCUCCAAAUUGAAUACUUUUAUUCUGUUUCCUCAUGGAACCUCCUUCCUCAAAUACGCUUCUUCUUCCUCUUCUUCUUCUAUUCGCAAAAGCCUUCUUUACUAAUGAACCCCAACAUGCUCCCAUUUUUUCCCGCCAUUUUUCUCAUCAUACUCCAAAGUCUUUGGUUCCCAAACCCAGCUCUCUCUUCCACCGCCGGCCUCGACUCCAUCUCUCGCCUACUCCGAAUCCAGGACCGCCAGAGGGCUCCUCCUUCCGUCCAGGAAGCCGCUGCUGCGGCCGUCGUCCACCGCCUCCUCCCUUCCCACUCCUCGAGCUUCCACUUCCGAAUUAUCUCCAAGGAUGAAUGCGGCAGUGACUAUUGCUUUGUAGUAAAAAACCAUCCUGCUUACACACGAGCCGGGGAUCCUCAAAUACUUAUAGCUGGGACUACUGGAGUGGACAUUGUGGCUGGUCUACACUGGUAUUUAAAGCAACGGUGUGGCUCACAUAUAUCAUGGGACAAAACUGGUGGCUCGCAACUAUCUUCGGUGCCUAAGGUGGGAUUUCUUCCACGUGUUCAGGAGGCUGGGAUCUUGGUUCCGAGGCCUGUUCCAUGGAGCUAUUACCAAAAUGCUGUUACAUCUAGCUAUUCGUUUGCCUGGUGGGAUUGGAACAGAUGGGAGAAGGAGAUUGACUGGAUGGCUCUGCAGGGUAUCAACCUACCACUCGCAUUUACAGGUCAAGAGACUAUCUGGCAGAAAGUGUUUCAGGAGAAAUUUAACAUGAGCACUUCUGAUUUGGAUGAUUUCUUUGGAGGCCCCGCAUUUCUUGCAUGGUCACGAAUGGGAAAUUUGCAUGGAUGGGGCGGACCCCUGCCACAGAGCUGGUUGGAUCAACAGUUAAACAUGCAGAAGAAAAUUCUUGCCCGAAUGUAUGAGCUUGGAAUGAAUCCUGUCCUACCAGCUUUUUCUGGAAAUGUCCCUGCGGCACUGAAACGUAUAUUUCCAUUAGCAAAAAUAACACGCUUGGGAAAUUGGAUAUCAAAGCCAGAUAUUAUAUGUUUUCUGUUUCACUCAUGUCUUCUUGAUGCUACUGAUCCCUUGUUCAUCGAUAUUGGGAAAGCAUUCAUUGAGAAACAAUUGCAAGAGUAUGGAAGAACCAGCCACAUAUAUAAUUGUGAUACUUUUGAUGAGAACACCCCACCUAGUGAUGAUCCAGAGUACAUUUCAUCAUUAGGAGCAGCAAUCUUUAAGGGAAUGCAAAGUGGUGAUGAUGAUGCUGUUUGGCUGAUGCAGGGAUGGCUAUUUUCAUAUGACCCAUUCUGGAAACCACCACAAAUGAAGGCCCUUUUGCAUUCUGUUCCCAUUGGAAAGUUGGUCAUACUUGACUUGUACGCUGAAGUAAAACCUAUAUGGAUUACAUCAGGGCAGUUUUAUGGAGUUCCCUACAUUUGGUGUAUGCUGCACAACUUCGCAGCAAACAUCGAGAUGUAUGGGAUAUUGGAUGCAAUAGCAUCUGGGCCAAUUAAAGCACGUAUAAGCAUUAACUCAACAAUGGUUGGAGUUGGAAUGUCAAUGGAAGGUAUAGAACAGAAUCCAAUUGUCUAUGAUCUGAUGUCAGAAAUGGCAUUUCAACGCAAUAAAAUUGACGUUAAGGUGUGGGUUGAUCUGUAUUCAACCAGACGUUAUGGGCAGUCAGUUCCUUUAAUCCAGAAGGGAUGGAACAUAUUAUACCACACCAUUUACAAUUGCACAGAUGGUGCCUAUGACAAAAAUAGAGAUGUCAUUGUAUCAAUCCCGGAUGUCGACCCAUCCUUGAUUUCAGGACAGCAAAAUGGGUUUCUGAAGUAUGGCAAACCAUACACAAAAACAUUUAUCAGGGAAAUAACUGAUUCAUUUGAACAACCUCAUUUGUGGUAUCCAACUUCUGAAGUAAUUCAUGCAUUGGAGCUUUUUCUUUGCAGUGGAGAUGAACUUUCAAGAAGUAACACUUACAGGUAUGACAUUGUUGAUCUGACUAGACAAGUCUUGGCAAAAUAUGCAAAUCAGUUGUUCUUUGAGGUCAUAGAGGCAUACCAAUCACGUGAUCUUGAUCAAGUGACUCUCCUCAGCCGGAAAUUUCUGAACCUGGUCAAUGAUUUGGACACGCUCUUGGCUACCCAUGAUGGAUUUCUUCUAGGACCUUGGUUAGAAAGUGCAAAGCAACUAGCUCAAAAUCAAGAACAGCAGAAGCAGUAUGAGUGGAAUGCGAGAACACAAAUCACCAUGUGGUACGACAACACGGAGUUGGAAGCCAGUCUACUUCGUGAUUACGGGAACAAGUACUGGAGUGGUCUUCUCCGUGAUUACUAUGGUCCCAGAGCUGCUAUUUAUUUCAAACAAUUAAGAGAAAGCUUAGAGAAUGGCGAGGAUUUUAAUCUGAAGGAAUGGAGAAGGGAGUGGAUAAAGCUUACCAAUGAUUGGCAAAACAGUACAAACAUAUUUCCAUUGAAGAGUAGAGGAGAUGCUCUGAAUACUUCAAGAUGGCUCUUCAAUAAAUACUUGAGAACUUCAACAAUCCUUGCAUAAAGCUUAUAUUGAAAGGUACUGAAAACCAAGUAAACUUGAAUGAACUGCAUUUAUAUAUACCAUACACGGGAUUGAAAACUUUAAUUUCCAUUUCAUGCAAUGUAUAAACUACCUUGGCAUUUUUGCCAUGUAUAAAACUAUACUUAUGUAGUA